AUGGCUCCCAAUAGUCGUGGGAAAUCUGUCUCCCAUAUGUUACUGGAAGUUCCGGUAACAUACUCUAAGACUGCGACACUUUUUGGAACACGCGGAAUGGAUGCAAUGGCUGUGUUAGCUUCUGGUCAGGUGUAUUCUGUGCCAUGUCAGAAAAGGCUAACAGAUGCAAUGACUAAGGCCCACUCACAUGUAGUCACUCGUCAUGAUAGGCAACGUUUCGCAGUGAAGGAAACUGAGGAUCCCCGCGAAGGCCGACCAAAGGAUACAUUUAAAGUACACUUGGAAGAAAAAUGGUGUGACUGUGGAAAAUUUCAAGCAUUACAUUUACCUUGUUCACAUGUUAUUGCUGCUUGUUUUCACGCUCAUUUGGACUAUCAAGUGUACAUUGAUGAUGUGUUCAAAGUUGCCAAUGUAUGCCGCGUUUAUGAGAAUACCUUCCAAGUGGUUCAAGGCCAAAUGUAUUGGCCGACAUACGAAGGCCCGAAACUUUUUCCCCGUCCUGAUAUGAAAAGGGUCAAGAAAGGUCGUCCAAAAAAGAACCGCAUUAGAACCGAAAUGGACGAAUUCGGCAAAAAAGAGCGCCUAUGUGGUUUAUGUAGAAUGCCGGAUCAUAACAGAAAUAAUUGUCCUAAUGUUGCGGGACCCUCGUCGUAA